AUGAACGGCACAAAUAACAAUGGAUCAGCAAAGAACAGUUCUGCGGGCACUCAUUCAGGGACAACACAAGCCGGGAGUUCAUCCAACGCCCAGACAGGGGCGAAUAAAGGUUCUACUAGUACAUCUAGCAACGUCACCAACUCUUCUACACGUCCAACGAAUGGAGAUGUGAAUGCGACACCAACGGCUAAGAGCAAGAAGGCCGCUGCGCCGGCCAUUGACAUGCAUGAGCUGCUGCAGAGUCGCAUUGCCGCGCUCGAAGGAGAGAAAGUGCAGGGUGGAGAAGAGGACAGGCGGUCAGGCUCGUAA